UUCGUGCAUCAUUGUAGUUAGUAAUACUCGUAGGCAGCCUGUAUCUUUUUCGAUCGUAUAAAGUAUAAAAUAAAAUCGUAUUGAAAUGGCUAUUAAAGAUAUUAGGAAGAUACUUACGAUACUCGUGAUUUUUUUAAUCUACAUUGGAACAGUCCACAGUAUUCGAUGUUACCAAUGCACCAGCACGAACAACACACAUCCUUUCCAAUGCAACGAGUUCCUCACGAAUGACAUUGACAUAGAGCCAGAGUCUUGUGAUGCCAUUUUCGGAGCACAGUAUUGCGUGAAACAUGUUGGCAGAUUUGAGGCCCUGGAAUGUUACCAAUGUACAUCCGCGGACGAAUGGCAAUGCUCAGAUGGUGAAUUAAUUAAAGAUUCUCUACAACCAAUAAACUGCAGCUACAUUUACAAAGCGCAUUAUUGCAUCAAGACCAUCGGACGAUACGGAGGUGGAGUCGGUACAAAAAGAUUUUGUUCAACUUCGCACUUGGGAAAUUAUUGCAACUAUGUGCUACAACCUGGAGAUAAACUAACAUAUCGAACGUGCAUCUACACUUGUAACAGCGAUGGAUGCAAUUCUGUAUCUUCUUUAAGGCCUACAGUCAGUGUUUCCAUUAUAUCAUUUCUUUUACUCACCCUAUUUUAUAGAUAGAAAUUCAACAUCAUUAAUAAAAACAAUCAUAUUCAUAUAUCAUCAAAUUUUAUGAUAAUAUAUGACUCAUAUUUUACUAUUUAAAAAAUGAGUAAAGUAUAGUUUACAUAUAUAAAUAUUCUGGUCGUAUUAUCAAUAUUCCAUCCAAUUGUUGUCUGGUAAAAUUUCUCUGAUGAUAUUUAUUUAUCAACAAACUUUAAUUAAAUAAUAUAUGCAUUUUGAUACUUUAUUUCUAAUAAAGGUAUAAUCUUAAACUUCUUUGGCAUAUUAUUUUAUUAUAACGAGUAAUACAACAAGUAUUAAGAACAUUUUAUUGUAGAGCAUACGUGACAUGUAUAUGUGUAUUUAUAUUUACUCUCUUUAUGUUAUUUAUCUGUCUUAUAUAAUGCACAAGUAAAAAAGUAGCAAGAUUAUAUGAAUAUUAUAUUGUUUUUUAAUUUUUUUAAAUUUAUAUAUAUAUAUACUACUUUGAACUUCUAAUUUUAUAUUUGUACAUUUGAAACUUGAUAUAACUUUAUGUGCGAAUUGGAAAAAUGUUUAAAAAAAAUGUUGAAAAUUCAUUAAUUUUAUACGCAAUUUGCAUAAAUCUUUAUAAUAAUGUACUUGAUAUCCACAUAUUUUAUAUAUGCAAUACAAAUUUGUAAACAAAAAGAACUUAUGCAUGCAAUUUCAUCUCACUGUCAUAAACAUUUAAGAUUAUUUUGUUCUUAAAGCACGAAUAUAGCAGACUAUUUGGUUUCACAAUUUGCAUAAAAUGUAUAAAAAGUCUAUAUAAAGGAUACUGACGAAGUUUUUCGAUUAAAAGGCAUUACCAAGCGUUACUAAUGUUGUAAUCUCCGCACUUGUUCUUCUAAUUCCUUUAUACGAAGUUGACUGUUAGCAAGCUGACGACGCAUCAAUCGCAAUUCAUCUGCUUGACGUACAUAUGCCAAUCUAAGUUCUGCCUCGUUGUUAGGGACGUCAAUAGUUUCGAUAACUUUAUUGUUGCUUAAUGAUGUUGUUAUUAUAUUAUUCUGUAAAAAAUAGCUCUGCUUGUAAUUGACUAUACUAAAUGUGGGCCUUGUAAAGUAGUAAAAAAAUAAAUUCUUGAUCGUUUUCUUACUUGUAAAUUUACAUUGGCAAAUUUCUGUUGUAACUGUUGAAAUUUAGUGCUCUGAUUGCUGGAUGUUUUUUGACUUUUCUCCGUUAUAUUGUGUAACUCUACUGGUCUGUAAUCAGGAACAGUUUCAGUAGACAAAAAUGCAAAUUUUUUUUUAUUAUUUAAAUCUGUUGCUGGAGGUAAUAACGGUUGUUUAUAUACGCGUGGCUUGUGCGUUGAAAUACUACCACCUAUGGGAGUAACAAUGGAAAAAGAAUAAUGAUUAUAAUAUUUAUGAUUAUUAAACAUCCAUUUAAAUUUACAUUAAAAUGAUUUUAUACCUGUUUUAAGUGAUAUUAAUAUUGGUGGAUUAUUCAUGCCACUGAUCCAAUCUCUUGCUGAAAGUGCAGGACAGGUACCUAUAGUGUCAGGAUAUAAAUCUUCCUGGAAUUGAUCGCUCUAGAAAAUAGAAUAUUUUUACUAAAACAUGUAAAUUGAUAUAUUUAAUAUUGUUGUUAAGUGUAUUACUUGUAAGUAUAGGUUACAUUAAUAAACGAUAUCAAGAAAAUACAACAUAA